AUGCCCAAACCAUACAGCGAGGACUUGCGAGAACGUGUUUUCAAGGUUAUUGAUGAAAAAAAAAUGUCCAUGAAAAAAAUAGGUAAAACAUUUAAACUCAGUAUAAAAACAAUAUAUUUAUGGCGAAAAAGAAGGGAGGAAACUGGAAGCAUAAAGCCAGCAUCUGGUUAUCAAACAGGUCAUAGGAGCAAGAUUAAAGAUAUGGGCAGUUUUUUCAAAUUUCUACAAGAUGAACAAGAUGUUACGACUGAUAAAAUAAUAGAAAGAUUUGGCAAUAUGUGCAAAGAAACAGCAUAUAAUUAUCUAAAAAAAGCUGGCUACACAUAUAAAAAAAAACCUUCCUUUAUCAAGAGAGAGAUGAAAAAAAGCGUAAAGAAUUCACAGCAAAAGUAGCUGAAAUAAAGGAAGAAAAUCUGGUAUUUAUAGACGAAUCUGGUAUUGAUGACAACGAGUUUUAUGCGUACGGAUGGGCCCCUAAAGGCAAGAGAUUAUUUGCAGAAAAGCAUGCAUUUAAGAAAAAAAGAAUUAGUAUUAUUGGAGCGCUAAAUGAUGGAAAAGUUGGCGCUCCAUGUGCAUUUGAGGGAUAUUGCAACAGUGAGCUUUUUGAAGCAUAUGUUGAAAAAAUUUUAGUGCCAACAUUAAAGCCUGGGCAAACCAUAAUUCUUGACAAUGCAAGCUUUCACAAGUCCGUAAAAAUCAGAAAAUUGAUUGAAAAUGUAGGAUGUAAAGUGCUGUUUUUGCCGCCAUAUUCACCAGAUUUGAACCCAAUUGAACAUUUUUGGUUUGCCAUAAAACACGCCGUCAGAAAAAUACUGCCAAUUUUUUCGCCAAAUAUUAACGCUGCUAUUGAUUUUAUUUUUCAAAAAUCAGGUAAACCUUAUCUUGGUUAG